CAAGAGGAGAAUAACAUGGCAAUUAAUGAAGAAAAUACAAUAGCUCCAAUAAUUAUAGAAGAAUUGGAUGAAAGUGCUCUGAAUAACUUAAAUGUUGAUAUGGCAGAAUUUGUUGAAGCAAAAGCUUUAGAUAUUGAAGAUAUACCACAAAAUGUUAUAUCAGAUGUUAAUUCUGAACAAAGUAAUUCUGCUAUGGAUGUUACUGCAGAGGUAGAAGAUCAUGAUAUAUUAUUGACUGCAGAUGAAGAAGAUAAAUUAACAAAGCAGUUUCUAAAUGGAGAACUAACAUUUUCUGAAUAUUCAUCUAGAAUGGAUCAAGGUGUAGAUCUAGAAAAUGCAGAAACUGAUUUCUCUAGAAAUGAUUAUGAGAAUGAAGAAAUAGAAACAAUCAAAACACCUCAUUCUAAAGUAUCAAAGUCACAAAGUGGAGGACAGGUACGUUAUAAACGAAAAAAAAGAACACUUCCUCCAGUUCUACAAGGUCUUAUGGGUGAAGCAAAUUUAAGAUUUGCAAGAGGAGAUACAGAAUUAGCUGCUCAAAUAUGUAUGGAAAUAAUAAGACAAGUACCAAGUGCUCCAGAACCAUUUCAUACACUAGGAAUGAUAUAUGAAGCAGAUCAACCAGAGAAGUCAUUGCAGUUUGCUUUGAUAGCAGCACAUCUUAGUCCAAAAGAUUCUGAUCAAUGGGUGAGAUUAGCUAACAUGUCAUUGGAAAGUGGAAACAUAAAACAAGCUAUAACAUGUUAUAAUAGAGCAAUUCAAGCAAAUCCAAAAGAUGUAAAUUUAUACGAAACACGAGCACAACUUUUGGAACGAAAUGGAGAUAAGAGAGCUUUAUUAAAAGGAUUUUCAAAAUUAGUUCAUCAGUUGGAACCUGAGGAUGGUGAACAUAUAAUUAAGUAUGCUAAAAUGUUAGCCAAACGAUAUAUGGAAGAGAAUAAUAAUGAACAAGCACUGGAAGCAAUGGAAAAUAUUUUUUCAAAAUGUCCUAAUUUCAUUACUUUGGAAGAAGUUAAUAUUAUGACUGAAAUAUUAAUAGCAUUAAAAAAGUUUAAAAGAUGUUUAAAUAUUUUGACCACAUACACUAGUAUUUGGGUAAAAUAUAAAACUACUAAUGAUGCAGUGAUAAAGAAGUCUGGAAAUGAAAAGAAAGAGGAAUUAGAAGAUUAUAAUACACGUGAAAUUGAAUGUUGUGGAAUACCCGAUGACGUUGUUGUUGAUUUGAAAGCAAAAUUUCUUAUAACACUUGUUGAAUUAGAUCAGAUGAAAUUAGCUGAACAGCUUUUACCUAAAUUUUAUUUAUGUGAAAAUCCAGAAAUUUCUGGAGAUCUGUUUUUAGACAUAGCAGAAGCUUUAAUGGAAAAAAGAGAAUUUGAACGUUCUUUAAUGUUAUUAGAUCCUUUAGUAAAUAGCAAUAAUUAUAGUUUAGCAGCAGUAUGGUUACGACAUGCAGAAUGUUGGGUUGGUUGUAAAGACUUAAAAAAGGCAAUAAAAUCGUAUGAAGUUGUUAGAAAUUUAUCACCUCAGCAUUUAGGUGCAAGAACUGCUUUAGCUAAGCUGUAUCAAUUAAAGGGUCAAUACAAUAAAGCAAUAGAAGUUCUUAAUCAAGAUCCUGAAUCAGAUACUUUAGAUCCACAAGUAAUUUAUCAAAGAACAUUACUUCUUUUUAAAGUAAAAAGAUAUGAUGAAUAUUUUCAGUCUGGAAUGUUACUCUUCUCUAGACAUUGUGCAAAUAUAAGAGGCAAAGUUGAAUUAAAUACAUUAACUAGAGCAUAUGUUGUACGACAACGUUUGGACACAUUGAAGCUGCAUCGGCUAUCUCGUGGCGAAAAGAUUGAAGAAGAUAACGCACCAUCAUUUUUGGAUAAUGCCGAAUUAAGCGAAAAAAAAGAAUUUUUUUUACUAUUGCAAAUGUGUAAAUUAGCUUAUACGUUAAAAAGAUAUGGCUUCUUGCAAAGAGUAUGUUUUAGUGCAUUAACAUCAAAACGAUUUGAAAAAAGGAAUUCUCACAUUAUGUUUUUAUGUUUACUUUCCUGUAUUUACAAUAAUGAUUCAUAUCACGGAUAUAAUAUUGUACGACAAUUAAUACGUGUCUGUCCAAGACCAAAUUCUUGGAAUUUAUUGAACAUUAUUAUACAAAAAGCAGAAGAUUCCAGACAUAAUAGGUUUAUAAUGCGUCUCCUCGGAAGAGAAGAUGUAUUUUCUUAUUUAAAUAUAAUGCAUGCAAACAAUUGUCUUGUUUCUGGAACAUACAAGUAUGCUCUUAAUGAUUACAUUUCAUUGUUUAAAGUAAUACCCAGUGCUUUAUUGGCAUUACUUAUUGGUGUAACAUUAUUGCAAAUGUCAUGCCAGAAGUUGUCUGAUAAAAAAAAUCAACUUGUGAUUCAAGCUGUGGCUUUUUUAAAGAAAUAUUCCCAAUUACGCGGAAAAGAUGGUGAACAAGAAACAUACUACAAUAUGGGUCGUGCAUUCCAUCAAGUUGGUUUAUUAUCAGCAGCUGCACAUUUCUAUAAAUUAGUGCUUAAAAGUGAUCCUGGAGAUUUAGUUAAACAAAAUUCAUAUCUUUUAGACUUAAAAAAAGAAGCUGCGUUUAAUUUACAUCUUAUUUAUUUACAUUCCGAAAAUCAUUUAUUAGCAAGAAUGUACCUUGAAAAUUAUAUUACAGUUUAG